GACUUCAAGGAGCUUUGUCAGGUCCUGGAGGUCUUGGAGUGGGAACCCUACAUGGUGCUGCCCAGCCCCACGGGCCAGCCUGCUGACAUUCACACCUUCCUCUCCUCCCCGUUCCAGCAACAGCAAGAGGAGACGGGAGGAGUCCUUGCCUGUGCACCGAGGCAGCUUUGUUGCCACACCCACGGCUGAGCUGUCCACUCCGGAAGAGACCCUGGUG